GCCAGCCUCAGAGCUCGGUGAAGGCUUCUGUACGAGGACGGGUCGUGUGGGCUUUCCCUCCAUCAUUGGAUACUGGUGUGUCAAGGACCAUGGUCUGCUGAGAAGGAGAAGGAACUCAAAGGGGGCACAAGUGACACUCCAUUGACCAUAUUGUUGGGGAGCAGCAGAAGCAGGCCAAGCCAAAGGAGAAGAGCAGAGAGAGGCUUUUAAACACAGCAACAGGACAGCUGUGGUGGGGCAAAAAUGGAAAACGCCCAUGCCAAGACAGCGGAAGAGUGCCUGGCUUACUUUGGAGUGAAUGAAAACACAGGCCUCUCUCCUGAGCAGGUGAAGAAGAACCUAGACAAAUAUGGACACAAUGAACUUCCAGCAGAAGAAGGCAAAUCCAUAUGGGAACUGGUGGUGGAACAAUUUGAAGACUUGCUUGUGCGAAUCCUUCUGCUCGCUGCCUGUAUCUCCUUUGUGCUGGCCUGGUUUGAGGAAGGUGAGGAGACCAUUACAGCUUUUGUGGAACCAUUUGUCAUUUUGCUGAUCUUGAUUGCCAAUGCAAUUGUUGGAGUAUGGCAGGAGAGGAAUGCCGAGAACGCCAUUGAGGCUUUAAAAGAGUAUGAGCCUGAGAUGGGCAAGGUCUAUCGGUCGGACAGGAAGUCUGUGCAGAGAAUAAAGGCCAGGGACAUGGUUCCUGGUGACAUCGCAGAGGUGGCAGUUGGUGACAAAGUGCCAGCUGAUAUCCGGAUCAUUUCUAUCAAAUCUACCACUCUGCGUGUGGACCAGUCCAUCCUCACAGGCGAGUCCGUCUCUGUGAUCAAACAUACCGAUCCCGUCCCAGAUCCCCGUGCUGUCAACCAGGACAAGAAGAACAUGCUGUUCUCGGGUACCAACAUCGGUGCAGGGAAAGCCGUAGGCAUUGUGAUUGCCACUGGUGUGGGCACUGAGAUUGGCAAGAUCCGUGAUGAGAUGGCAGCCACCGAGCAAGAGAAAACUCCCCUGCAGCAGAAACUGGAUGAAUUUGGCGAGCAGCUCUCCAAGGUCAUUUCCCUCAUCUGCGUGGCUGUCUGGCUUAUCAACAUUGGGCAUUUCAACGACCCCGUCCAUGGCGGCUCUUGGAUCCGUGGCGCCAUCUACUACUUCAAAAUUGCCGUUGCCCUCGCCGUGGCUGCCAUCCCAGAAGGUCUUCCUGCUGUCAUCACUACCUGUCUAGCCCUGGGUACUCGCCGUAUGGCCAAGAAGAACGCCAUUGUCAGAAGCCUGCCCUCUGUGGAGACCUUGGGCUGCACCUCCGUCAUCUGCUCAGACAAGACCGGCACCCUGACCACCAACCAAAUGUCUGUUUGCAAGAUGUUUGUCGUUGACAAAGUGGACGGAGAUGUCUGCACUCUGAAUGAGUUCUCAAUUACUGGUUCCACCUAUGCCCCCGAGGGAGAAGUUUUUAAGAAUGACAAACCAGUUAAGGCUGGGCAAUAUGAUGGGCUUGUUGAGCUGGCUACUAUCUGUGCCCUCUGCAAUGACUCUGCUCUAGAUUUCAAUGAGUCCAAAGGUGUGUAUGAGAAGGUGGGUGAAGCUACUGAAACUGCACUUACCUGCUUGGUUGAGAAGAUGAAUGUCUUCAACACAGAUGUCCGCAGCCUCUCCAAGGUGGAGCGUGCCAAUGCUUGUAACGCUGUGAUCAAACAACUCAUGAAGAAGGAAUUUACCCUGGAGUUCUCCCGUGACAGGAAGUCCAUGUCCGUCUACUGCUCCCCAGCAAAAGCCUCUCGGGCUGCUGUCGGCAAUAAGAUGUUUGUCAAGGGUGCCCCCGAGGGUGUGAUUGACCGUUGCAGCUAUGUCCGUGUGGGCACCACCCGUGUUCCUCUCACCCCUAAUGUUAAGGACCACAUCUUGGGAGUCAUCAAGGAGUAUGGCACAGGACGGGACACCCUCCGUUGCCUGGCACUGGCUACUCGUGAUACGCCCCCAAAGAGAGAAGAUAUGUAUCUUGAGGAUUCCACCAAAUUUGUGGACUAUGAGAUGGACCUGACUUUUGUGGGCUGCGUGGGCAUGUUGGACCCACCUCGCAAAGAGGUGAUGGGCUCCAUCCAGCUUUGUCGUGAAGCCGGCAUCCGUGUCAUCAUGAUCACCGGGGACAACAAAGGCACGGCCAUUGCCAUCUGUCGCCGUAUCGGCAUCUUCUCCGAGAACGAGGAGGUGACCGGCAGGGCUUACACUGGCCGCGAGUUUGAUGACCUGCCCUCAGCAGAGCAGCGGGAAGCCUGCAAGAGGGCCUGCUGCUUCGCUCGUGUUGAGCCGACGCACAAGUCCAAGAUCGUAGAGUUCUUGCAGAGCUUCGAUGAGAUCACAGCCAUGACCGGUGAUGGUGUAAAUGAUGCCCCAGCUCUGAAGAAAGCUGAGAUUGGUAUUGCCAUGGGCUCUGGCACCGCUGUGGCCAAGACUGCUUCAGAAAUGGUGCUAGCAGAUGAUAACUUCUCCACCAUUGUCGCUGCUGUUGAGGAGGGUCGGGCCAUCUACAACAACAUGAAACAAUUUAUCCGCUACCUCAUCUCCUCCAAUGUGGGUGAGGUCGUCUGUAUCUUCCUCACAGCUGCUCUGGGUCUCCCUGAAGCCUUGAUCCCUGUGCAGCUGCUGUGGGUGAACUUGGUGACUGAUGGGCUCCCAGCCACCGCCUUGGGCUUCAACCCCCCUGAUUUGGACAUCAUGAACAAGCCCCCUCGCAGCCCCAAGGAGCCCCUGAUCAGUGGCUGGCUCUUCUUCCGCUAUUUGGCUAUUGGAGGAUAUGUCGGAGCUGCCACUGUUGGUGCCGCUGCAUGGUGGUUCUUAUACGCUGAAGAUGGUCCUGCCGUGACCUACCACCAGCUGUCCCAUUUCAUGCAAUGUACAGAAGAAAACCCUGACUUUGAAGGGGUAGAGUGUGAAAUAUUUGAGUCUUCGGUCCCAAUGACCAUGGCUUUGUCUGUCCUGGUCACCAUUGAGAUGUGCAAUGCACUCAACAGUCUUUCAGAGAAUCAGUCUUUAGUGAGGAUGCCUCCCUGGGUCAAUAUCUGGCUGUUGGGAUCCAUCUGCCUCUCCAUGUCUCUGCACUUUGUCAUCCUCUACGUUGAUCCCUUGCCUAUGAUCUUCAAACUGACACACUUGGAUCUGCACCACUGGAUGGUGGUGCUGAAAAUUUCCUUGCCUGUCAUCUUUCUGGAUGAGAUCCUCAAAUUCGUCGCCCGGAACUACCUGGAGCCAUAAACUCUUCCCCCCUCUAUUCUCCUGUAUCCUGCCUCCCAGAAAAUAUAGAAGAAAAGAAGAGGAAGUAAACCUUUGGGUCACCAAGGAAAUGACCUCUUCAUCCCUUAACCAUGAAGAUCUCCCCACUUUCCUUAUGCCACUGCCAUGUCUGCUGCUCCCACCUCUGCUUCUGUGCCUUUCCCUUAUUUAAUAGCCAUUUUCUCCCCCCCCCCCACACACACACCUUUGUGCCUCCUUCAACAGGGACUUACCAGUGUGGGCCAUGACGCCGGCAUUUGCCAUGCCGUUUCCCGCCCAUCUGCUUCCCUCUCCUCCCCAGACACCACUAGCUACUUGGCUUCUGUACAUUUUGAGCCACCUGCCCGUCCUUGCCCCCUGCACACACACCUUAUCCUGGCCGCUUUCUACAUUAGUACCUCCAUUAACUAUGUUCACCCCCCACACACACACACACACUCUCCUCUUCACAUGACUAGAACCCACCUCAAGCCAGGGGUUGGAUUUUUUAAUGCACACAAUAAACAGAAAGAAACAUUUUGUUAGAGAACAACAAACAAGUGAAAUUCCUCAACUUGGAGGAAAUUAAGAGAUUCUUCUAGCUGCUUAUUUAUUGAUAUUAAAGAAUAAACUCUUAACUGUAACAAA